UUUCUGAAUUAUCACAGUUACAAGCCGGCUCAAAACGCAAAAAGAUGUAAAUCGAUGUAGACAGCAAUUUCAUUUCGUAUUAAGUUCUUGUGAAUAUAUAACUAUUGCCCAGAAAACGGCUGUGUAUUAUCAAUCGUCCGAUCAAUAUAUUUUCUGUGACGUAUUCUCAGAAAAAUCACUUUGCUGCCAGCACAAACCGGGCAUAUUGUUUCCUAUAUUAUUACAGGCGAAAUACCGGCGCCAUGGUGCUUAAAAUAACAUCGAUUUGACAAUUGACAUAUCGUUCCCAGCUUUAUAACGUUGUUGGAAUUGGAUAUAGUGUAACUAAAGAUAUACGGUAUUAAGACAUAAAAAUGUAUAAGUUUUUCAAACAAGCGACCUAGAGCGAACAUGCGCUACUGUAACCAGUCGAUUCUUUAUGAAGAUACCAUCCGAUAAUAAUCAAACAAAAUUGUACCCUAAACCAAAUCAUUAAUUUCGGCAGAUGAAGCGGAAGGCUGAUACGUUUAGACUUCUGUUUCAUGAAGGUGUUUGUUGGGAGGUGUGCAGUUGGCGUAUUGGCCCAGCGAAUUGCCACUUUAUUCAAAUCAAACAGUGCUUAUUUCGCGAUCUGGGGUAAUAAAAUGAAAAGAAGUCCGUCUUUGACAGUCCAUCUCAGAAGGGACAAGGCAAAACCAGCGACACCUGCCAGCUUUGGGGAGAGUAUUGUGGAUGUACUAAAGAAUGCGGAAAACGUUGGUGGUGAUGUGGACAAUGAGAUUUUUGUGGAUUGCGAAAUAUCAGACAACGCCCUGGUGCUGACUGGAUCACACCAUGAGACCAACAUUUCAAAGAAAAUUUUAUUAAGAAGACCUCCUUUUUGCCCAAUCAAGUUUUUGUUUGAGGAACCUGGUUUGGAAGACUUGCCAGAAGAUGUUAAAACAAGAGGAGUUCAUGUUGGAGCUGCUGUUAUCUUGGAGAGUUCUGACAACAGUGUUUUUAUCACCAGAAGAUCAAAAACAAUGAGGACUUUUCCUCAUGUGUGGGUACCUCCUGGAGGCCACGUGGACGAAGGAGAAUCAAUUUUUGAAGCAGGAAUAAGGGAGGUAGAGGAAGAAUCCGGAAUCAAAAUUGAAAAUGGAAAUUCCGGUUCUAUUCUGGGGCUGUGGGAGUCAUCAUUUCCACCAAUGCGACAUUUGGGAUUGCCGAAACGACAUCAUAUUGUGGUGUAUUUACAUUUCAAGUUAAGUGAGACUGCUGCUAAUAUUAGCGAAAAGAUUCAACUUGAGACCAAAGAAGUGGAUGCAUGCACGUGGUUAUGUAGUUGUGUUGCCGAAGGCAUCGUUUCUACUGAUAAACAAUUUGAUUUUCCAAAACAAACUAAUGUAUAUUUAAAACAAUGCCAUUCUUUUCCAAAUUUGUGUGUGAAGCAAAUGGAUUAUAUUGAUGGGAUUUUGAUUGGUGAUAAAGGCGAGACACAAACAGGAAGAAUUAUCUCUACAACACCACUUUUCAUGGAUGUUGGAAAAAAUGAAGAUAAUGAACGAGUCAGUACUGGGACUAAAUAUGCUUUAAAACUUUGGCUCGAUUUAUUGAAAAGCAGGAAGGGUUGAUUACUGCACCAUUCAUAAAUGUAUAAAUCUCCUAUGCAGUUUUAAUUUUAGUGCUUCAAAACGACGUGUUACAGUGUGAAUAUGAAUGCCAGUGAAUUUUGUUUCUAUUAUAACCAUGAUUUAUUGCAAAGUUUUAUCUGAUUUUCGUAAUUUACAGAAUUUUAUAUUGCUGAAAUACAGUUUACUCGUAUAAAAAGUAUUCAGAUAUUGAUAUCAGAUUUGUAUUUCAUUUGAGCUUGUAGAAAUGCAAUAUGAGUCGUUAUUCUAUAAUUUUUGAAUGAAAAAUUGUUUGAAAUGUUAAUUGGCGCAACACUAUGCUAUUCCAUUUCCACCAAUCGAUAAACUUUUCAUUCAUUAAAAGUUCUCAAUAAUUUUUUUAACGAAACAUUUUAUGUGAACACAUGAAAUUCAUGUUUUUGAAUACUUUGGUCACAUUACAAAUCUGGACACAUAACUGGCAUUUAAUCUUGUCUGGUUUUCAUUUUCACUGAUUGAUUAUAAUAUUUAAUUAUUAUUUAAUAGGAGAAUUAAAGCAUAAUAGCUUGGUAAGAAACACAUGAUAUGCUUAAAUUAUUAUAUAUCAUUAUAGCAUAUGAUUUCAGUGUUCAUGAACUCAUUUUGAAAUGAAAAUCAAGUAUGAUUUGUGGUGCUCUAACAGCUAGGUUAAUAUUCAGCACAUACGACUUAUAUAUAAUCAAGUACUCUGCUCAGUGUUUGAAUGAAUGCUUUCUCAAACGAGUGGUGGUAUUUGAUAAUUUUUUAUGAAUUUUUACAAAUUUUAUAUCCGUUCAACUAUAUCAAGUUGUAACGCCUGAAAAUGUGUGACUUAUCAGGCCACCAAUGAUUGUAGUCUGUAUAUCACAAGUAUAUUUCCAAUAUUUGUUAGACAUUGUGUGACAUAUGGCCUAGUUAUUUAUCAUAUAACUAAAUACCAUUAACACUUAGUUGGUAUGAAAUUCUCUUGCCAUGUUUGAACAUAUAUGCUAGACAUUUUUGCCAAUUGGUUUACUCAUUACAGAAGUACAGAGAAUUUGUGACGUUCUCUAUUAAUAAUUGAUGACAAGUACUGUAUUAUUAGCUUGUAUUGAUCAGCCGACUGUACAGUACUGAAAAAUUCUUGGUAUUUUUAGGCAGCGGAACUGCUGUUUGUACUAUAAUUAAACAGUUCAAAACUCACUGUAAUUGGAGAAACAGUUUUAUUUUGAUGCAUUAAGAUAUUGGUGAAUAAAUUGAAGCCCACCCAAGUUCAAUUAUUUAAUUCUCCCACGGUCUCGUGACCAAAAAGGGAGGUGUUUCAAGUUUUGUUUCACAAUACCUCACUAGUGGUGUUAGCUAAAAGCUAGGAUUUUGAUGGAACAUAGCUUCCAAGGUGUGCACCUCACGUCUUCAAUUUUAGCAAGAAUUGUCAAAUCAUAAAUACUGUCUUGUUUUAUGAAUGAAUAUGGUUUUCACAUCCAUGUAAAAGUUAUCUUUUUAUAUAAUGCUGUUUAUGAUCAAAUAAAACCAUGUUUCAUUGCAAGA